AUGAGGCCGUAUAAAGCGUGGAGGGGUAAUGCUCCCUUCCCUGUUUUCUCUCACCCCGUUCCCAAAUCCCCCUUCUCUCCUCGCUCUCCCCUCUCUUCCAUCUCUCCCUUCUCUUCCAUUUUCCGUUGCCCCUUCUCCCCGGACACAUCUUACCGCACAAUCCGCCUGACCGUAGGCCUCAGAAUCACCCCCAUCCAUCCCCGCCCCUCUCCUCUGCAGACGUCGUUCGGCACCAUCGGCCUGACGGUGGGGCUGCUGCUGCUGUCCUACGGCUUUGGCGCCUACUUCCAGUUCCUGCCGGGCUCCGAGUCCUCCGCCCUCAUGCUCACCUACGGCUUCCCCACUGCGCUCAUCGGAUUCGCUCUCAAGUAUGCGGAACUCAAGCCGGUGCCAUGCACAUCAUAUGCUGACGCUGUGGCGCUGAGGGAGACACAGGCUACGCCCAUCCUGCAGCAGGUGCGCAGUGACGUCACGCGGUUCCGCUACGGAGACGAGCAGCACCUGGAGGAGGCUCUCAAGAGAAUAUUCCGCUACAACCUGUCGGGAGGCAUUCAGCGCAGAAACGCACCGACGCUUACCUCGAUCAGCGAGCAGGUGUACAACGGACGGUACUCCCUGGUGCUGAUCUUUGAGGCCCCAGCUCUCUCGAAAGCGGAUUUCACGGAGAGGCAGGCCAAGUUCACAUCCUUCUUUGGGCCGGGCGUGCAGGCUUUGAUUGAGGAGGUGGGACCCAAGACCUUUGCCGUGCGCCUGGUGUCAACCUAA